CAUGAGUAUUUAAACCAAAGUAACGCUGGCUGUUCACAACAUUCAUGCACAGGAUUCAUCAGUUUAUACUAACUCUUCUGUAGGGAUACACCUAGUAAAAGAUGGUUUUGUUGUUCAGAUGGGACCCACAUCAGGGAUUGAAUACAUCACUGAGUUAUGACUCCUGAAUUGAGUCUUUUACUGGAGUUAAUUUCAUUGAACUGUCUCAUCUGUUGCCUUCUUCAUCUGUUGGUCAAGAUAAACUGAGCUGUGAUCAUGUCAGAGACUGAACAUGUUAGAGUCAGACGGGUCCUAAGCAGUGGAUCAGUCAAGAAUGAGAAGCAGCCGAAGCCACAGCCAAGGAAAUGUGUGAAGAAGGAGGCAGGAUGGGGACAAACUGACAUGGUGGACAAAUUAAAGGAUUUCUUCCACAUCUGUGACAGUGAGGGAAAGGGCUUUAUCACACGCACUGAUAUGAGGAGACUACACAAAGAACUGCCGCUUACUGCUGAGGAACUUGAGAAUGUCUUUGACUCUUUAGACGUCGACAAAAAUGGAUUUCUGACACUGGGAAAGUUUUCCUCCGGAUUCAGUAGCUUUCUUCAUGGACGCAGAGUCUCUAUGACAGAGGAACUAACCACUACACCUUCUCAGAAAGCUCCAGAAGCUGCUGGUCAGAGUUCAGAGGAUGAACAGGUGAUGAAGACAAUAGAGGACGAUGAAGAAAAACACUUCAGCAUGUUGAUGGAGAGCCUGGGGGCCAGCAAUGUGUUUGAGGACCCUAGUGAAGUCAGAAGUCUGUGGGCCCAGCUCAGAAAAGAUGAACCUCACCUCUUAUCCAACUUUGAAGAGUUCCUGUCCCGUGUCACAUUUCAGAUCAAGGAAGCACAACAUGAGAGAAAGGAGAUGGAAAGCGCCCUCAGGAGGAAAGCAGUCACACAUGACACUGAAAUUCAGAGAUUGUAUGAGGAAAUGGAGCAGCAGAUCAUAAAUGAAAAAGAUCGAGCAAAUCUGAAGGACUCUGAAAGCCUGCAGAUACGCAGUCAGGACCUACAGCAGCUGCUCCGUGGCAAAGAACAAGAAUUGGAGCAACUUUUCCAAAAACAGAGGAGGCUGGAGCGUCAAUGUCGAGACCUUCACAGUGAACAGCAGGAGAGUCGACUGGAGAACGUGAAGCUGAAAAUGAACAAUGAGGAGCUGUCCCGUGACCUGGAGCACACCUGUGAAGAGCUGGUUCUGGCUCAGGAGCAGCUGGCCAUUCUGCAGGAGCAGGCCUCGCGACUGCAGGAGGAAAGAGAGAUGGAGAUGUACAGAGUCACUGAAGGCUUGCAGAGGGAAAAACAGAGCUUGAUGAAACAGCUGGAUCUGCUCAGAGAAAUGAACAAGCAUCUAAGAGAUGAGCGAGAUAUCAGCUUUCUGAAACGCAGUAAUUCAAUGAAGAAAUCCUCUCGCAAGCAUAGAGUGAGCGCAUCCUCAAUAAAAUACACUGAGAGGAAACCAUCCGUCAGGAAAGAAGUAUCUAAAGAGGAAGUGACUCAGCGCUAUAACAGGAAGCCCUCCUCUCCAGCAAAUACCUACUGUUCACCCUUCACCACAGGGGAUGAUAGGAAGGCAGAUGUGGAUGGGAGAUCUCAGAAAUUAACUGGAGGCUCAGAAAAUGUGAAUGUUGGGGAGGAUGUGGAGGACGGACCACCAGAUGGUUGGCCUCUACGCAGAGUCAUAUCCAUCGAGGAAGACCACCUUCCUCACCUUCUGCAAGGGGACCCUCAUCUUCUUCUUCACCAGCUGAGUGAAGAGGAAGAAGAGCGAGCUGGAGAAGAUGAAGCUCAGGGAGAUCUGGAAAGCAGCUCGCUCUAUCAGUCUAAUGUGUCUCUGGCCUCUGCUGACUCUCCUCCUCCGGUCAGGAUGAAGAAGCCAUCUAAGAAGAGGUGGAUCAGAGUGAACAUGCCCUCAUCUGCACGCGGUCAGCCUGUCGGGAAGGAGACCCUCCAGCAGGGUCCCACAGAAGGUGCCACUGCAUCUCCUCAACGCCUAUUUAAGGUUAUUCUGGUAGGAAAUUCCAGUGUUGGCAAAACUGCACUGCUGCGCCGCUUCUGUGAUGGACAGUUUCAUUCUGCCACCUCGGCCACUGUGGGCAUUGACUACAGUGUGAGAACACUCAAUUUGGGGGACAGUCAUGUGGCUCUUCAAUUAUGGGAUACAGCAGGCCAGGAAAGGUAUCGCAGCAUUACCAAGCAGUUUUUCCGCAAAGCUGAUGGUGUGGUAGUCAUCUAUGACAUCACAAUGGAGGACAGUUUCAGCUCAGUUCGUCCCUGGUUAUCCAGCAUACAGGAGGCUGUGGGCGACCCCAUCCCCGUCAUGCUCCUCGGCAACAAAUCAGAUAAAGAGAAUGAGAGAGAAGUGCAGACAAAAGAGGCUGAUCUGCUAGCAGAGGAAGCAAACCUGAUGUUCUAUGAGUGCAGUGCUUAUACUGGAGCUAAUGUGCUGGAGGCCAUGAUACACCUGGCCAGAGUCCUGAGGGAACAGGAAGACAGAGUUUGGGUAAACACAGUCAGACUGGGGGAUCAACCAUUAAAGAAGAAAACCUGCUGCAAGUGACCAAAUCAAUAUGCUUCAUGUAUCAUCAUGUAUCAACCACACUAUACUUAAUGUAAAUAAUUUAUUUUAGAUGGAAAAAGGUUGAAUUUACCCUCGCCUGAAUCAAAAAUGAACAGUGUAACAUGUAAAAAGGCUUUUCCUGUCCAUUUGGCAAAGAGCGUUGUAUAUCUGCGCUCAUCUGAUGUGUGUGUGUGCAACUGUAUGUGAACUAUAAUGUAGUUUGAACAGUUUUUCACCUAAAAUGAUUUUUGUACUGUAUAUAUUCUAUUUGUUAUUGUAUAAUGCAAACAAGUGUUAAUUACAAUAGCCAUUCUUUUGAUGGAGAAAAGAGUGUGAUAAGUGCAAAAUAUCCAAUUCAACCAGGUAAGCAAAAGCAAAGUAAUUCAGAAGAAAAUGUAUUUUGUUUGUUGCUUUCCAUUUAUUUAUCACAUUAUAGCCUCAUUAAAAUCCUCUCAAAUC